AUGGCAGGCCGCGACGACGAUGUUGUUGUGCUCAGCGACGACGACGACAGCCGCGAUUCCGCUCCCACUGAGGCGACAACCGUGCCUCCGUUCAUCCAUUCACAGUCCAGUCAACCAACGCGAACAAGCACAGACCAUCGUCUCCUCCCAGCCGGUCAGACUGGGCAAUGUGAAGGCGCCGACCUGAGUUUGGCGCCACGAUUGCACGCAUCGGCGUCGUCUCCUGCCAGGCUCAUCACGCAGUCCAGAGCACGGGAAUCAUCAUUGUCGUCAUCUUAUGCCCAUGCCACCACUGUGUUGGACUGCAGCAGUGGCUCGGACGACGACGACGACUUGCCUGCCGUGUCCAAUCUGCUCCUGCGAAACGCAGCGGGCGCGAAGCCGAGCUCAGCCAAGGCUGCCGAGCAAACCGCCGCAUCACUGCAACGGGUUCCAACAGACCCAGUCGAACGGAGUACGCACUCUGCGGCGGUGAAAUAUUCCAAUAGCGCUGGUCUGCUGGGAUUGAGCGAGUCGAGCCAGUUUCGCACAGCAAGCGAGCGAUCUCGCAUGCAAGAGGCUUCGUCAUCCGAGAGUGAUCAAGAUUACGAUGGCACAGAUGAUGCAAGCUCAAUAGCAGUGUUCACAGACCAAGACCGUCGUCGUCGAAUUCGCUUGGAGAAGGCGGAAGUGGCCAAGCAAAAGCGACAAGAGGUGCAGGAAGCGAAACGAAUCGCACGCGACGAGAAGGCUGCACAGAAAGAGCUGGACAAGCAUCGCCGCGCGGCAGAGCGACAGGCCAAUCGGGUCAAAUCUGUCGAGCAGGCGGUGGAGGAACUGAUUGUGGACGUCGACACUGCGCUUGACGAGUGCGUUGGGGCUGACUUUGCCAACGCUGCCUGUGCCAACCUGGAGUCCCUGGGCGCGCACGUCCGGCGCCUGCAACUACCACUCCCAGGCGUCAUCGUGUUUCAAAGAGCGACGCGAAGCUACCAGUUUGAGGAGAGUCAAAGUGGCGUUUCGCAAAGUUCCGUCCGUUCUUCUGCUUCAUCAUCCUCGCUUUUCUCGAGCGACGAGCUCGCGCGCGAGAUGGAUGUGAUUUGGAUUUUACCCGGCGAAAAAUUUGCGCGAAUCUUGCAGUGCAAUCUUGUCGAAGUGGCGAUUGUAGAUGCACUCAAGCGAGCCUUCCCGUGGCCUGGAGCCCGUUUCACGUUGAUUGUACGGUCGCUCGAAGCAGAGCUUCGGCGGGCCAAGCAAGCGAAAGAUGCCCAGAUGCGUGCGGCCGUCAAAAACGUCGGCCCAUCCAUGACAAUUACCGAGGCCAUGGCGCAAGCCAAGCACUCCGCGCAAGCUCUGCUCGAAACCCAGUUUCGUUCCCAUCUGCCCAAUCCCACAGAUCGUCGCUUACAGCAAGAGCAUGAGCUGCUUUGGCCGACUCGAGCAAUUUCUGCCUCAGAGUUGUCUGUGGUCACUCAAGAGCUUGUGGACGAUGCCAUCUUUUCGCUUUCUAUUGAACACGGCGUUCAAGUCACUCUGGCAAAGAGCAACGAAGACGCCAUUGAUUGGAUUGUCCGGCUGACCAAGGCAGUAGCUUCCGGACCGUACAAUACUUUCAGCAGCGACUUUUCAUUUGAUGUCCAAAGCGCCAAGCUGCCUGGAUCGACGCCAGAGAAAGUCUGGGUGAACAUGCUGCUCCAGAUUCCGAGCGUGUCGGAAGCUAUCGCAGAAACGGUUGCAGCAGCCUACCCAAGUCUUUCUUCAUUAUUGCAGGCGUACGAUGCGUGUGGUAGUCUCACCGCUCGCGACGCGCUAUUGGUUGGACUGAGAUUGCAUCGGCAUGGCUUGCCUGUGGGCCGCACGAUUGGAGCGACUGUCGCGCAGCGCAUUGCCGCUGUGAUGAAUAGCACCAAUCCCAACUUGAUCAUCCCGACGCGCGGAGCCACCCGAGCGUCCGACGGGUCUUCACAGCGUGGAGUUUCCAAGGGCAAAGCGGCCGCACCGAAAGCAUCGAGUCGAAUAGAAAGCGACAAUGACGAUGGCGAGGAUGUUCUCUGAUGAAAAAAAUCACAAUGUUCUGCAACCAUGUUUUAUUACUAUGCAUUCAAUCAUAGCUGCUCAGACCAG